AUGAAGGUCAGUAGCGCCUGGUCAGCAGGUUACACUGGAACUGGUAUCGUUAUUGCAGUAUUGGACGAUGGAAUACAAACCGACCAUCCUGAUUUAGCUGCAAAUGUUGAUACUGCCAAUGACCUGGACAUUUAUAAUUUCGAUGAUGAUCCAAACCCAUCUUCAGGCUACAGUCAUGGUACACAAGUUAGUGGAUUAAUUGCAGCGGUGAAAGAUAACAGUAUUUGUGUAGUUGGUGUCGCAUUUAAUUCCACCCUCAUAGGAGUUCGGAUACUUGGUCCCUAUGCAAUCACAGAUUCAGAGGAAGCGCAAGGUCUUUCUCACUAUCUGUCAAAUGUUGAUAUAUAUAGCAAUAGCUGGGGACCUGUUGAUGGUACUGGUUUUAAAAGUCCUGGUUUACUGACAAAAGCAGCAUUGCAGGAUGGAGUGACUAAUGGAAGGAAUGGUAAAGGUGCUAUUUACAUAUGGGCAGCAGGUAAUGGAAAUACUGCAGACAACUGUAAUGCUGACGGCUAUGUCAAUAGUAUAUAUACUGUAGCCAUUUCUAGUGCAAUGAUUGGUCAAAAUGCAUGGUACUCUGAAGUAUGUGCAUCUGCCUUAGCUGUAGCAUAUGGUGGCAGCCAGGAUGAUAGAUACCUGACAACUACUACAAUACAAUCAGGAUGUAAAAGUGCUGGUAUUCAGGGGACAUCGUACGCAGCACCUAUAGUUACUGGUAUAGUUGCUCUAACACUGGAGGCAAAUUCCGAUCUAACUUGGAGAGACAUCCAACAUCUGAUUGUUUUCACAUCAAACAGGAAUGGUUUGAAUGACACCUACUCUGAUUGGUCAAUGAACGGGGCAAAUAAAGAAUGUGAGUUUUUGAGUAAUUGA